CCUUAGCUUGGCUUCUCUCCCAUGCCUUGUCUUUGGCAGCCGCCCUCAGCCUGGUCCUCCUCCUUCAUUCCUUCCCCACUCCUCCCCGCCUCCUACCCCUCCGUGAAGGAAUCUCACAUUCCUUACUUCCCUGCCUUGGUUUGCAGCCCAGCCCUGUUAACAGCCUUCACACACCAGAAAGCCUUCACCAGUCCGGCACGUGGGGGAAACACACACCAGAAAGCCUUCACCAGUCCGGCACGUGGGGGAAAUUGGAGUGCUCCUGAUUGUGACAUUACGUCCAUCCCCUUGGCAAUGGAGCUUGUCACCAGGAAGGAAGACUCAUUCGGAAAAUAGCCAAGAAGAUGGGCUACUGGGAGCAUCUCCUGAGUGGCACUGAGUGGAGGCAUCAGGGGGUUGGAGCCUUGUGAACAGGGAACCUGCCCCCCAACAUUUGGAAGGACUUGGGUUUCAGUGAUGAGACAUGGGGUAUGAUGUAACCCGCUUCCAGGGGGAUGUUGACGAAGACCUUAUCUGCCCUAUUUGCAGUGGAGUCUUGGAGGAGCCAGUACAGGCACCUCAUUGCGAGCAUGCUUUCUGCAAUGCCUGCAUCACCCAGUGGUUCUCUCAGCAGCAGACGUGUCCGGUGGACCGUAGCGUCGUGACGGUCGCCCACCUGCGCCCAGUACCUCGGAUCAUGCGGAACAUGUUGUCAAAGCUGCAGAUUGCCUGUGACAACGCUGUGUUUGGCUGCAGUGCUGUUGUCCGGCUUGACAACCUCAUGUCUCACCUCAGUGACUGUGAGCACAACCCGAAGAGGCCUGUGACCUGUGAACAGGGCUGUGGCCUGGAGAUGCCCAAAGAUGAGCUGCCAAACCACAACUGCGUUAAGCACCUGCGCUCAGUGGUGCAGCAGCAACAGACACGCAUCGCAGAGCUGGAGAAGACGUCAGCUGAGCAUAAACACCAGCUGGCGGAGCAGAAGCGAGACAUCCAGCUGCUCAAGGCAUACAUGCGAGCAAUCCGCAGUGUCAACCCCAACCUUCAGAACCUGGAGGAAACAAUUGAAUACAACGAGAUUCUAGAGUGGGUGAACUCCCUGCAGCCGGCAAGAGUGACCCGCUGGGGAGGGAUGAUCUCAACCCCGGAUGCUGUGCUCCAGGCUGUAAUCAAGCGCUCCUUGGUGGAGAGUGGCUGUCCUGCCUCUAUUGUCAACGAGCUGAUCGAAAAUGCCCACGAGCGGAGCUGGCCCCAGGGUCUGGCCACACUAGAGACAAGACAGAUGAACCGGCGCUACUAUGAGAACUACGUGGCCAAGCGCAUCCCUGGCAAGCAGGCUGUCGUUGUGAUGGCCUGUGAGAACCAGCAUAUGGGGGAUGACAUGGUGCAGGAGCCGGGGCUGGUCAUGAUAUUUGCGCAUGGCGUGGAGGAGAUAUAGGAGCUCCCGACGGGCUAUCAGGACAAGAUGGAAACCAGAAAAUCCUAUCACUCCACCAGCUGGGCCCUGUGUCCCCUCCCACCCUAAACACCACAGCCUAUGAGCCACACAUCUCCGUGCUCAUCUGGCACUGAAGGGCCUUGGGCUGCUUAGCUCAGCCUUUCAGGUGGGAAACUCAGUUUCACUCCUUUUGCCAUAUUUCUUCCCCUAAAAUGUCUGUGAAUGCUCAGUCUGGUUGGGAGGGUCCCCACCUCUGUUUUCCUGUCUAGGGUCUAGUUCCAGAUAUUUUUGGAAAGCACAAAGAGGUCUAUUUCCCCCAGAGGAUCAGGGUGGAGUGAGGAAUCUGUAAUCGGUCCCCUCCUCCAAAACAGGAAAUUUGGAGCAGGCAGGCCUGUUGACUCUAAGCACCGUUGAGGGGGCAUCUUCGAGGAGUGGACAUCCUGAAUAAAUGGUAACGGUGGAACCAAAACCCUAACAACAGUGAGGCCAGGUAGUAGUAAUUGGCCAUCAUGGAUCUCCCUGUGCCAAUCAGUAUCCCUGUUCAGCCCACCUUAAAGGUGCAGGCUCCUGCUGGUGUGCAGGUGGGGAUGCCGAAUGGUUCCAGAUGAGCUCUUUACCCCUACAUUUUUUCAUAAUUUGGGAAUGACAGGGUUGGGGUAGGGGUGAGUCUCUGGCUUUUGCUGAAGUAAGGUGGUACUGCCUCUGGUGGCAUGGUCAGUAAUAGCCCCACAGACCCCUCGCCAGCUCUGUGACUGUAGUUAUUUUGAUAAUUUCCUUUGGCCGUUGUUUGUUUUAUAUUUCACUCACGCCACCCCCCCAACACACGCCUUUUUUAAGAAUGACCUGGUUAUGGCUACCCUACUUACCAGCCCAGCCACAUUGUUGGCAAUUUAAUUUAUUUACUUUUUUUUUUUUUUUUAAAGAAAGGAAAAAGGAAAAAAAAACAA